GGCAAAACGCUCCCAAAUCAACCGGGCGUUGUUCACCUUGUAGCAAAACUGGUAAGGCUGCGGCGUGUGAGUACCAAUGCCAAGGCAUGGCACGUAUUGUCCGGUGGUCGGCGGCCGUGCCCUACUGUAAGGCUGAGUCAACGCCGUACUCUCAGCCUGCUCGCCCUGUCCUCUUCACCUUGACUCUUCCCAUGACGGGAUUGACGUCGGCGCCUGACUUUCUAUUAAUAGAAAAGUAGAAGAAAAUAAUGUCCGAUAUACCACCAGCAUCUUUCAGUGUUCGCCUCGAUGACGGCGAGACCGAUGAGCGCUGCGUGACCAUCCGGCAAACACUCACGCUCGCCAUCAGCGGGUCGUCUGCCUAUCAUGACGCCACUAGCGAGCUUACUAGUAGCAUUGUGGCCAGAGCCGAGAGGGUGUGGAACUCCGUCAAAGAUCUCGACCCCAACCAAGUCGACCAGCCAUUUGAGAACGGCCCCAAUCUCGCUCGCGAUGUGCGGGUGACCAUGGGCUCUAUCCCGGAGGUUUGCUCUGCGUACUCGCCAAACCACCCCGUCCAUGAUUUCCUGAUUGCCUUUAUCAAGGCACUGCAGAAUCUCCCAGAUAACAACGUUCACCAGUGUGAAGAAAACUAUAAUGAAGAUACUGAAGAAUGGGACAUUAGCUUCCCUAUCGUGAGUCAUCUAUGGACUCGAGGGGCCGGUGGUGGAAGCUUUGCACACGAGGCUCUCCAACUUGAUUUUCCGUAG